AUGAAACCUUCAAUUCUUCGAGCAUCCAUCAUCAAAAGAACCAUACGCGCUUCUACAACGCGCUAUUGGCUACAAACACGAAAGCCCAUCAUCGCACAGUCACAACCACGAUAUAAAUCAAGUGGUUCCAAUCCCGAAAAACGUAAUCCUGAGAAGGAACCACAUUAUAAUCAUUGUCACAAUACUCGAGGAGAUUCAUCAUCACAUGAUGGAUCCCUCAAUCUCAGAGCGAAAAUGCUCGAGGCAGCAGUAACAGCCUUUGCAUCUCUCGUCGUUCUCGGAACAGGGUUCGGCUUAGGAGGUUAUCUCUACCAUAGAUUCUACAAAUGGAUGGUUAUUCACAAGAUGGAAAUUGCUUUUAAACCAGGUGAUCCAGUCCUCGACCUCGCCGCCACUACAAAACAGGUCCCCAAAAAGCGUACAGAAGCAGCUGAAGAUGAUGAACACUGGAUACAUCGUGCCGAGCAAGAGAAGAUUGAUCAAAUCGUGAAUGGCGAAGAUCGUGGACACUAUCAUCUGUUGAUUGGAGAAAAAGGUGUUGGAAAAUCUAGUAUGUUGCUUGAAGCUAUGCAAAAGAUUGAUGGUGAAGGGGUUAGUAUGUUUGAAGCACAUGCAGAUCCUGAGAUUUUCAGAGUACGUCUAGGAAAAUCCCUCAAUUUUGAGUUCAAUGAGGAUUAUAUCGGAUCAUACUUUUCUGAAAGAGGACCAAGGGAUAGUACAGCGUUAUUGGAUAUCGAACGAGCAAUGAAUAAAUUGGAGAAGGUUGCAUUGAAGAGACGAAAUUCGGGACGUGGACCUCUUAUUGUGAUCAUCAAUGCGAUACAUCUGCUCCGAGAUGAUGACAAUGGCAAGGACCUACUUGAGCUUUUGCAGCAGCGUGCUGAACAAUGGGCCGCAUCUAACCUAGUCACCAUGGUUUUUAACAGCGAUGACUAUUGGGUCUACGAAAGAUUGAAGCUACUGGCAACCCGUAUGGAGGUCACCACCAUUCCAGAUCUUCCACGAGGGCUAGCAUUGUCCGCUCUUCAAAGAUAUCGCCAAAAGUACUAUUCUGAAACACCUUCAUCGCAAAUACUACAUGAAGUCUACAACCGAGUUGGUGGUCGUCUGACGUUCCUGAAUCGAGUCGCCAAAUCCUCGGACAUGCUUGAAACAUGUAAUGAUAUCAUCGAUACCGAACGAAGAUGGUUCCUAAAUCAAUGCUGGAUCUUAGGAAUGGAAAUGGAUGAUGAUGUUAUGGAUCAACAAAAAUAUGCCUCCGCAGCCAUGGUCUUAGCCCACGCACUCGUCGCCGCCGAAAAGGACACUCCAACCUACAUCGAUGAUGGAUCCCACAAUAUCCCUGAAAUCCCUUUACACAAAGCUCGUCAGAUUAUGACUCGAGCAGAUUUUAUCCAACAAUAUGAUCACGUCAAUCUUUUUACAAUCACAUCGAAUGCCAUGGUCCGAGCUGAUUCUGUACCGAUGCAACAAGCUUUCCGCAGUAUCUGCGCCGAACCAGGAUUUGAUGAACAUCUCGCGAGGACUUUGCAGAGAAUUGACGAUAUAGAAAGUUUAGGCAGGACGAGGGAAAUCGUUGCGAAGGAUUUGGUGUUGGGUGGGAAGUAUAAGAUUACGAUGAGUGAUGGGGAGAAGAAAGGAUCGAAGGUUACGGAGGUAACUUUGGAGAAGAAGCCGGAGGAGGAAGAUGAUGAUGAUGAAUAA